GAACGAUUUUGGGAGCAGACUUUCUCAGAGAAGUAGGAGCUGUAAUCGAUAUGAAGAAUAGAAAAGUAGUCACAAAACACGGGCAAUUCGCGAUACAUGAGAAUAGUGAAGUCGCUGAGGUGGAAACCACAACCAUUGUUCAGCAAGAAGCACCACGUCUAACCACGUUGAUGAGUAAAUAUGCCGGUUUAUUCACUAGUGAUGGAGACCCAUACGGUUAUUGUGAUAAGGUAAAGCAUAACAUCCCACUGAAGGAUACGGGGAAGACAGUCUUUUCAUCGCGACGAGUUCCCGUUCACCUUGAAGAAGAAGUUAACCGACAAGUCAGAGAAAUGUUAAACGACGGAAUAAUCGAAGAAGCCGACAGUCCGUACAGUUCGCCAAUCCUUUUGGUGAAGAAAGCUAACGGGAAAUAUAGAUUUUGUGUCGACUUCAGACAGCUGAAUAG